AUGUUCUUAGCUCUACGUUUUCCACUGAUAGCACGACAAUGCUACGUCGACGUCAACGCAUGGAACAAAACGUUAGUGCAUGACGUAUUGCAUGCAUCACUUAUUUACAGAAUGUCUGGGAUGGAUGGAGGAAUGAAGAAGAGACAAAGAGGUGAUAAGAAAGAAGCAUCCAAAAAUGCUAACAAUAAUAAGAGAGAUAUGAGCGAUGAAGGUGAAAAGAUGAAAAAUGAGGAUCGUACAAUGGAGAAAAAGAAGAGGAAAGUUGAAAAGAGUAACGGAGAAAUCAAAAUUAUCACUUGGAAUGUUGCUGGUGUUAGAGCAUGGAUUAAGAAGGGUGGGCAUUCAAUUUUGGCUGAGGAGAAACCGGAUAUUGUUGCUCUGCAAGAAACGAAAUGUGUAGAAGUUCCAAAUGAAUUGAAAAAUGGCUAUCAGAGUUUUUUAAAUACUUCUGAAAAAUCAGGACAUGGUGGUGUAUUGUUACUUACGAAGGAGAAACCGAUAAAGGUGGCAUAUACUUUUAAUGACAAGUCUAAGUCUGAUUUGGAUGGGAAUGAUAAGGGACGGAUUAUUAUCGCUGAAUAUGAAAAUUAUUACCUCAUUAAUGCUUAUGUUCCAAACAGUGGACGUGGUUUGGUGAAUCUCGAUAAGCGAAAAGUUUGGGAUGACUGCUAUUUCAGUUUUAUUAAAAAACUUGAUUUAAAUAAACCUAUUGUAUAUGUUGGCGACCUAAACGUUGCGCAUCAGGAAAUUGACUUAGCGAAUCCGAAAAGCAAUCGUAACAAGACAGCUGGCUUCACAGAUCAGGAACGGAAUGAUUUUACUCGAUUACUUGAUGCAGGAUUCGUGGAUGUUUAUCGCAGACUGAAUCCGGAAAAAGAAGGUGCUUAUACUUUUUGGUCAAAUAUGCACAAUGCAAGGGAGAAGAAUGUGGGUUGGAGACUCGAUUAUUUUGUGAUUAGUGAACGAAUUAUGAACAAAGUAAAGGAGUGCAAUAUUUUACAUUCAGUCAAAGGAAGCGAUCACUGUCCAGUGAGUCUUACAAUUGAGCUGUAA